AGGGAAUAGCAAGCUGGGAGCCCCUUGGUGGACGUCUCUGCUUGCAGGUGGUGUGGGUUGCGGCCACCCCCCCGCGGCACCGGCACCGCCCCGCCGGCGGGGCAGGGCCGUGGACGGGGAGGAGCGGGGCUCGGCACGGCUCAGUACGGCUGGGCUCGGGUCGGUUUGGCUCAGCACGGCACGGAGCUGGCAGCAGCGGGAUGUUCAGCUGGCUGGGCAAGCAGGGCGGCGGCCGGGAGCGCGGUGGCGGAGGCGGCGACGUGGUGCAGACGGUGACCGGGGGGCUGCGGGACCUCUACCUCCGCAAGCUGCUGCCGCUGGAGGAGCACUACCGCUUCCAUGACUUCCACUCGCCCGCCCUGGAGGAGGCCGAUUUCGAGAACAAGCCCAUGGUGCUGCUGGUGGGGCAGUACAGCACCGGCAAGACCACCUUCAUCCGAUACCUGCUUGAACAAGACUUCCCAGGCAUGCGGAUUGGUCCAGAGCCUACCACAGAUUCUUUUAUUGCUGUGAUGUAUGGAGAGUCAGAAGGAAGUGUUCCUGGAAAUGCCCUGGUUGUUGAUCCUAAGAAGCCAUUCCGCAAACUCAGCCGUUUUGGAAAUGCUUUCCUGAACAGAUUCCUGUGUUCUCAAUUGCCUAACCAGGUGCUGAAGAGUAUCAGCAUUAUUGACAGCCCAGGCAUACUCUCUGGAGAGAAGCAGCGCAUCAGCAGAGGCUAUGACUUCUGCCAAGUCCUCCAGUGGUUUGCAGAGAGGGUCGACCGCAUCAUCCUCCUCUUUGAUGCCCAUAAGCUGGAUAUAUCUGAUGAGUUUUCAGAGGCUAUAAAGUCAUUCCGGGGCCAGGAUGACAAGAUUCGAGUGGUGCUUAAUAAGGCUGACCAGGUGGACACACAGCAGCUGAUGAGGGUCUACGGUGCACUCAUGUGGUCCUUGGGAAAGGUGAUCAACACUCCAGAGGUGCUGAGGGUCUACAUUGGCUCCUUCUGGUCCCAUCCUCUCCGAAACACAGAGAAUCGAAGACUCUUUGAGGCAGAGGCCCAGGAUCUUUUCCAGGACAUCCAGAGUCUCCCGCAGAAGGCCGCAGUGCGGAAGCUCAACGAUCUCAUUAAGAGGGCGAGACUCGCAAAGGUACAUGCUUAUAUCAUCAGCUACCUGAAAAAAGAAAUGCCCUCUGUUUUUGGAAAAGAGAACAAGAAGAAGGAACUGAUCAGCAGGUUACCUGAGAUCUAUGGCCAGCUGCAAAGAGAAUAUCAUAUCUCAGCAGGGGACUUCCCUGAAGUCAAAAAAAUGCAGGAACAGUUGGAGACUUGUGACUUCACUAAAUUUCACUCUUUGAAACCAAAGCUUAUUGAAGCUGUGGAUAAUAUGUUGGCCAACAAGAUUGCCUCCCUGAUGAGCCUGAUCAGCCAGGAAGAAAGCAAUAUGCCCACAGAGUUGGUUCACGGUGGGGCAUUUGAUGGCACCAUGGCAGGACCUUUCGGCCAGGGAUAUGGAGAAGGUGCAAAGGAAGGAGCUGAUGAAGAAGAAUGGGUUGUUGCCAAAGAUAAACCUGCUUAUGAUGAGAUUUUCUACACUUUGUCACCAAUCAAUGGCAAAAUAUCUGGGAUCAAUGCAAAGAAAGAGAUGGUAACUUCCAAACUACCCAACAGUGUCUUGGGGAAGAUCUGGAAACUCGCAGAUUGUGAUGGUGAUGGGAUGUUGGAUGAUGAGGAAUUUGCAUUAGCAAAACAUCUCAUCAAGAUAAAACUGGAUGGAUAUGAACUGCCUGGCACACUGCCUUCCCACCUGGUGCCACCAUCUCACAGGAAACCUUUGCAGACAGCGGAGUGAAAAAUGUUAGAAGAGGAUUUUGGAUGUCUUUCAAUGAAUGUGUUGAAACUACCAAAAUUUGAGUUUAGGCUUAAAUCUUUAAACCUCACAGCCCAUUUCACGCAAGUUACUGAAAUUAGAAGCAUAGUAGCAGGGAAACAUUUUGUGUAGUAGUCCCUGCUGACCUUCACUGAGACAUGCUUAUCACAAGUGCCUUGUAUAAAUCUAUCAUAAUGCGUGGAUGGUAAGGUGAAAAUGUUUCUGUAGUGUUGCUUCCAUAUCUUGCUGCCUCUACAGCCAUAAAGCAGAAAAAAAAAAUGUAUGAAAUCACUGAUCUUCACCAAACCUAAGCACUUAGCAACCACGGGUUACUCCAAACUAUUUAUUUUAUUUAGUGCAAGGAAGCUCUAAAUGUUAUAUUCACCGCCUAUGAGAGGAACAUUUUCUACACUGAAAGCAUACUUUAGGCAUCAAGUGAAUGUCAACAUUUCUAUAGGUUAAGAAAAAGCAGAUAUAAAAAAUAAAUUUAUUUUUUUUCUAUAUUUUUGUUGUUCUUAUUUAAUUUGGGAGUAGAGAAAGACUAAAGUUGUGGCAAGCAUAUUAAGUGCUCAGAAUAUGAGCAGACUUGUUUAUGAGCAGACUUAUUUUAAAACUCUGGUGCUUAUAGCUAGAAAGUACAAAAUAUUAAAAUGAUUCUUUCAGUCUGUCAUCACUGUCUUAUCUGAAGAGCUGCUGCUGCAGUUUUGUACAGCACUGUAUACUCAGUAUUAUCUUUAAAAGAAAUGAAUCUCCUUUGUUCCUCGGAUUUAGUGUUUCUUUUGAGGUUUCAGUUUAGCUGUGCUGCAAAUUCCUGAAUUUUUCAAAGUCGAAGCAGAAUGUUUUCAUAAGCUUAAUGAAAAAAAAAAGUUUCCAUUGAAAUAAAGCCUCAUAUAAUAUUCAGAAAAGGUGCAUUGUUCAAAUUCAGCAUCUUCAAAGCAUGUUGAAUUGUCUUGAGAAAUUUUCAUGGGUAUUUAAUUUUUAUUUACAGUUAAUUAUACAGGUAUCUAUGUUAUCUUAUACUUUUCAUUUUAAAGAAAGGGUUUUUAGCUCUUUGUUUUGCCAACAGGUAGCUGACAACCACUGAAGAGAGAUUUGAUUGAUAUGGUGGCAGAUUUGAAAGUUGGGGUCACCAACAGAAAUCUUUACAUAUGACUGAAAUAAGUCAUAGACUGGUACCUUCAAAUAUUAUGGCUUACUGCUGUUUCCAACUGACUUUACAAGUACCUUAAAAGAAGGUAAUUUUACCUUAAAAGAAGGUAUCUUUUUGGUCCUGUGAACCUGUCUUUUGGGGAGGGCCACUUCUUUUCUGAAAUCAAACUUGGCAGUCAGUCAGUGUAGGUCUGUGUAUAUGAGCAAGAAUUGACUUGUACUCCAUUUGUACUAUGAAAUGCCCUACAUAUCAAAGGUACUGUAACUUCAGGCACUUUUUCUUUGAGACUCAAUAAGUGUUAGCAGUAGUGCCUUCUGAGACAGAGCAAGCCAAAAAAUGUUUUAGCAUCUUUGCAGUGGGGGUAGGGAGGGAAGUAAUUUGAGUGUUGUCUCUGAGUUAAGACUUCAGUCACAUUUACGUGUUCAGAUUUGUAGGUGAUCUAAGAAGAGCCUCAACUUUUUCUUCAAAUUGUGUGUUUUUUAGGUUGUCAGUUGGUUUUCAUACUUCAAAUCUUUCUGGACCUCUUAUCUUUCUGCAUCUUUUCUAUUCUGAUGUGAAAUUACCAUGAACUUUGCUAGGACUCUUCCAUGUGAAAACAAUGAAGCUAUUUUAAGUAGUGACAUAAGAACACCUUCACCUUGCCAGGCUUCCGGACCUGUGUCAAGGAUAUCCUAACAUAGUUAAUCAGUCUUGAGGACUUGCUUGCUUUGUCUUACUCUUAGUUUUUUCUCUUAUAAUUUAAGUGUACCAACUUUAUUUCUGUUAGACCUAUGAUAGGGGCCAAAUUAGCCUUAGUGCAUCUCUGUGCACUUCUGUAGAGCUGUGAAACUUGACCAGGAGUCUACCUGUGUGACUGCAUGUCUGCAGAGUAACCAAUUCUCUAAGUAAUUUAUUUUUAGUUGAACAAAAAGUAUUAUAUAGACUUCGCAAGAGGUGUUAAAAAAAAAUAAAUAAGGCUGUUUAUUUGUGGGUAGUUUCUGUAGUCGGUGACAACUUUGUACACUAAUCACAAACCAGAAUAGCUUUGCAAAGAAAGCCACCAGAAGAAAGAAAACUUGUGUGUUGUGCCUAAUGUAGAGUGGGCAAAGCUGAGAGGAUCUUGGAAGCUGCUGAUCUUCCAACUUUGUUGUAUUUACCUUGCUCUUCUGCUGAACAAGGUUCCAGAGUGGGCCUGUGUUUGAAUUCCCACCAUGUGUAGCUUCCAGGAGCGAUGCUCCAAAUGUUUUGGAGCCAUAUGUCCCAUGCCAGUAGAAAUAUCCUCCUGUAGAGGAGAGGAGCAGGAUAGUUUCUCAGUGAUUUAUAUUUUUUCUAGUUUUACCGGUAGUAAAAUGGAGAAUACAGCCUUUUUUUCAGACUCCAUAAGACUGUGCUAACUUGGACUUAGAGGGGACAAAUUGAAAUGCAUUAUUUUGAUAAGUUAAAUAUUUUCUUUAGAUAUAGUUGAAAUGUUUUGCUCUUUUCCUGCAAGACUUAAAGAAGGGGAAAGGGAAUGCACAAAGCAUGUAUAAGAGUAGAGGUGGAUUCACUGUUGAUGUGGAGGAAUAGAAGCAUUUCAGGACCAGCAUGCAAUGAAUGCAUAUCUAGAUAUGUGGUGCAGUGCACUGGAAUGUUAAGAGGUCAUAAUUAGCUGAUAGAAAUUCAAGUACAUUUCAUAUGGACUUUAAACUGCAGUUUCAUGUGCAGCUAAACUAAUCUAGUAGAGUGCUGUUGCUCAGGGGAAGCAAUCUGGAUAAUGCUCUGCUGAGUUAUUGAGACAACAUGUAGGGAGCAUGAGGAGAGAAGGGAGCAGGAUUACCUUCUCAUGAAAUUGUGCUGUGGGUAGUUACUGGGAACAGCAGUGUGAAGUAAUCUUUUUUGUUCGUUUGAUGUUGUUAUUAAUCUCUGCUCAACAAAGAACAAGAUCUUGGAUUAGUUGGCAGUUUUAUGCCAAGGAUUUUGAUUACAUUUGCUGAAGGAUCAUUCAAAACUGUCAAGAAUACAUUCUGUGAAAUUAGUGCUCAUUGGUGUAGUCUGCUGCUGUAAACCAAAGUAGACACUGCUGCUUUUACGUCUUCUCUAGCUGUUCUGCAACAGUUUUAAUUCCCAAGUGAAAUUUUGUUCCCACAGAAAUCCAUUAGAUUUUUGUUUGGAAGAAAAAAUGUGAGACAACUGUUCAAAACCACACUACAGGACAGCAAGAUCCUUUCAAAACUGUGACAGGUUGAAAAUAGAGAGUUUACAGAGAUCUUUAGGUCAGGGUGAGGUCCUUCUCCUUUGUUAAGAAUGGUGUAAACUUCCAUGGAAUUUGGUAUAAAAGCAGUGGUAUCCAGUCCCUGAUUUUUCAACAUUAUUUAUCUCCAGUACUUGAAGGGCACACUAUUUUUCUUCCCACUUUCUUCCCUUCACCAUAUGCACUCAGUUUGAUGGCUCUUUGUAUUGUUGGAAUUCAAGCAGAGAAUUUGAAUUGUAUGUUUUCUUGGGAAUGUGUAACUUAGCAUGGAGAGAAUGAACAUGAAUUUUUUUGUACUUCACAUACUCACCUUUUCUAAUACUUUUGUUGAAUACUGUGUUUUCCCUUUAAAGGCACUCAAUUUAUCUUUGAGGGAGUUUGAUCUGUGCAGAGCGCUUCACUUUGUCCAGUUAGGCAAACAAAGCUGUAAGUUCAUUAUUGUUGCACUUUUUAUUACACAAUAAAUUCCUUGCAGAUACUGUAAUAUAUUUUAAUAUGCUUUGUAAUCAUUUUUAGAAAGUGGUGAUAAAAACUGCUGAUUUAAUAAACUAAUAUUGAACUACCUGA